CAGGCCAACACCAUCUCAUAUUCUGUUAUGAAAAACAAACACUCAAUCACCAUUGUUCUCAUUUGUGAAUUGCGAGUUUUAAUAUUCACGGAAAGGGCUUAGUUAAGAUUGAUUAAUACCCAAGAAAAGCAAAAUAGUACCCAGAGACUGUUCUGGUUGAGGAGAGGAGAAAUAAUCAUGGAGGAGGGGUUGCUGCUGAAGAAGAUAGAGGAAGAGAGCUGUGGCGGCGGCGAGAGGCGGCGGCGGGCGGCGGUUUGGGUGGAGGUGAAGAGGUUAGGGUAUUUGGCAGGGCCAAUGGUGGCUGUGAAUUUGUCACAGUAUCUGUUACAGGUUAUCUCAGUUAUGAUGGUUGGGCACUUGGGUGAGCUCUCUCUGUCUAGUACCUCCAUAGCCAUCUCUAUUGCUGGUGUCACUGGGUUCAGUUUUCUUUUAGGACUGGCAUGUGCACUGGAAACGCUUAAUGGGCAAGCCUAUGGAGCCAAGCAGUACUACAAACUCGGGACGCAAACAUACACUGGCAUUUUCUCUCUUGUUGUUGUUAGCAUCCCGCUAGCAAUCUUGUGGACAUAUAUGGGAGAAGUGUUAGUCUUCAUAGGCCAAGAUCCUCAGAUUUCACGAGAAGCGGGAAAGUUCUUAAAGUGGCUCGUUCCGGCACUAUUUGCUUGUUCAACUCUGCAGCCUCUCGUACGAUUCUUUCAGAUGCAAAGCAUGAUCUUUCCCAUGCUCCUAAGCUCGUGCAUUACGAUAUGCUUCCAUAUACCUCUCUGUUGGGCGCUGGUUUUCAAAUCUGGGUUAAGUAAUAUCGGGGCUGCAGUGGCUAUUGCUGUGUCUAUGUGGUUGAAUGUGAUUAUCCUCGCUUUGUACAUGAAGUUCUCCCCGGCUUGCGCCAGAACGCGCUCGCCAUUGUCAUGGGAAAUUUUUCAUGGAGUGAAAGAGUUCUUCAGAUACGCUAUACCAUCUACUGUCAUGAUUUGUCUCGAGUGGUGGUCAUUUGAGCUACUCGUGUUGCUGUCCGGUCUACUACCAAAUCCUCAGCUAGAAACUUCAGUUCUCUCUGUAUGCCUGAACACUGUGGGCACACUUUAUGCGAUUCCAUACGGGCUUGCUGGUGCUGUAAGCACGAGAGUUUCGAAUGAGCUGGGAGCUGGAAACCCGGAGGGGGCUCGACUAUCUGUUGUUUCUGUGAUGUUCAUUGCCGUGGCGGAGACAGUUGUAGUAACCGCAACCCUCUUUGCUUGCCGGCAUGUUUUUGGCUACGUUUAUAGCAACGAGAAGGAAGUGGUGGACUAUGUUGCGGAUAUGACCCCUCUCCUUUGUCUAUCGGUCAUAACCGAUAGCUUGCAAGGGACCCUUUCGGGUGUUGCAAGGGGAUGUGGGUGGCAGCACAUAGGAGCAUAUGUCAAUCUUGCUUCAUUUUAUCUUUGUGGAAUCCCCAUUUCUGCCUCAUUGGCUUUCUGGCUAAAUUUGAGAGGAAAAGGUCUUUGGAUUGGGAUUGUAACUGGUGCCACCCUGCAGACAAUUUUGCUAUCCAUAAUAACAAUUUGCACAAACUGGAACAAACAGGCUGCCCGGGCAAGGGAGAGACUUGUUGAGUGAAAACUACCUUCUCUUGAUGAGGCACUUGUAUGAAAGAGGAACCCUUAGAAAUGAGUCCUUUUUGGGGGCAGAAAGACAAUUGUGACAGGAUAAGAUGAAGUAAAAGAGAGGUCCAAAUUGCAUACCCUUUUUUGGCUCUCAGCAAAAUCAUGUGAUCAAAUACUAUGUAGAAGGCCAAGGCAAGGAGAAAUUCUUAGUUAUGAAUCGACGACAUUUUUGUAUCGUAUUGGACUAUUGGUUUAUGAUGCAUAAAGGUCUUUUAAUUCUAUAUAUUAUGGAGUACUCUUUAUUAUUAAAACACUUGUUUGUAAAGUAGUCCAUUCAUCCCAUUUUAUGUAUCCGGUUAUGUUAAUGAGACUUGACUGAAGUUAUUUUUAGUUCAA